AUGGGUCAGGGUGCGACGCAUUGUGAUCAACGGCGAGGUGACUGUUGUCAGGGACGGUUUGGCGAAAGAGGAUCAAGAAGUAUCCUCUAUCUUUCAAAAAAUCUGUUUGCAGAAAGUGUGGACUCGCUGUACGCUGACCUUGGCUAUCGCGACUUCAUCUACCCGAACAGGAUCAAGAACUUCGCGCUUACGGUUCCUUACGCCUUCGAUUUGCAUGCGCAGGCGAGAUGCGGCAUCAAGUACAAUGCUACAAGAAAUGACAUCGCCAGUAUGCCACCAUGCUAG